AUGAGUAGUCUAUUAGGUCUUAAUUAUUACGAUGACGAAGAAGACGAAGAACAAACUGGUAAUACAACAAAACCAAUUAAAGCUAGUUCAGUUCCAGGGUUGUCUAGUCUGAUUGGUUAUCAGGAAGGAGAAGAGGAGGAAGCAGCGGGCGAAACUAAUAAUGGGCUUAAAAACGUAAAUGCAUAUAAUUCUCAAGCCAUAGUACAUAAUGAUACAGGCGGUAAACGAUUAAAAGAUGCAUCAAAUAAGCCGCCUUCGCCGACGAUACUGCUUUCCCAAAGAACACUGGCACCAUCUCCUUCAGUUUUCUCCAAUCUAGUUCGUCGGAAAAAUAAUAAUACAACACCGCAUAAACAACGUGAUAGUUUAUCUACUUCACCGAAAGCAGUUAUUUCAUCACCAGUCAUUAAUAUACCAUCACCACACCAAGAGGUUUCGGAAUCUGAUGAAAAGUUAAAACAUGAAACCGAAGAUAACAUAACUGCAACUCCAAUGGAGGUGGAUACACCGUUUGAUGAAUCGGAAUAUGUUAACAGAAAGAUCCUUAUGCUUCAAUUGUUAACGCCCCAACCAAUUGAAGGUAAAGACAAUUGGGGAAUUCCGCAAGAACCUGAAGUAGAAUGUUGUCAAGAUCUUCAGGAAAAGAUUAUACAUUUCUACCAAUUAAGAGAGAAAGGCGUACAUUUUAAUGAAAACCUUUUGAAAAACAAAGCAUUUCGUAAUCCACACAUAUAUAAUAAAUUGGUAGAAUUUGUGGAGUUGGAUGAAAUCGGGUCAAAUUUUGAUCGAGAAGUGUAUGAUCCUUAUGGAUUUCCACCGGCAGCUUUUGCGGAUCAACUCGGUAAAUUCAUGCACAUUAUAAUUCAAAUACAAUUUGUUGGAUCAUCAUCAAGUACUCAAAGUAUAUCAAAGGCUCGUCAUGUUAUGCAAAGUUUGGCUGCUAGAGCCGAAAGAGGUUCUAGUAACAUUCACUCCUCUAUAAGGCCCACAUCUAGUACAAUCACAAGUACAACCACAUCAACAUCAUCCACAAGAACAUCAACUAGUUCAUCUGGUCGAAAACGUGUCAGUAAAUGGGAUGUUCCUGCUCCAGAUGUAAUAGCGUCGUCUUCUAAGACACACUCAUCAUCAUCAAGUUCUAAACAUAGUAGACGAAGUAGUCGAGAUCGUGAUAGAGAACGUGAUAGAGAGCGUGAUAGAGAGCGUGAUAGAGAACGUGAUAGAGAACGUGAUAGAGAUCGCGAUCGUGCUCGCGAUCGAGAUUUAAAACGGUCGAAAGUUUAG